AUGUCUGCCUUUAAGUCUCCGUAUGCUCGGGGUGAAGGUGGUUGGUCUAGACGACGCGACUCUUCAGCCCUUUCUACCCUUCCUGAAUCCGAACCUCAACUUCGUCGCCAGAGCCUCGCUGCUCGUUCUGAUUCCCAAGGUGCCGGUGCUUCACUGGACCUCCCAUCGAGCAGGCUCUCGACUACACAACCAUCACUGUCCGGUUCUCAGAAUGCAAAAGAAACAAAAGACAAUAAACCACCCUUUAAAUCGAGUUCCUCUAGUCCACCUCCUAACGCUGGACUUGAUCCCUUGAGUACGCAAAUAUAUUUGCGUACCAACAGUAACACCGCUGAACCUACUAUUACACAACGCCUUCUAAGUCAGGGCCGUCCCGGCAGCCCUGCAAAAGACAACAUCCAAAGGCAAAGCUCCGAACUUAGCAAGUCGCCCAAUACUGCCCAGGAUUCUAGUAAGGACCGAAGGAAAGGAGUUUCUUUCCUUAGUCGACUAGGAAUGCGCGGAAGCUGGAGGAAGGAUGAUGACAUGCAGGAAUCAGACUCAGAUCUAGGUGAACUACGAACCGAUGGUGCCUACGCCCGUGCUCUCACGUCUGUUGUCGGUGCAGGCGGAGGAUACAUACCUCUUCACAAAGAACCCCCACGCUACAUCCGAGUCAAGGCACACAACAAGAAGGACAGGGAAUAUAAUCAUUUAUUCCUCGCGCAGGAACUUUCCGCUUCAGAAGACAAGCCCCAGAACUCACAUGGCCGAGCGGUAGCGACCGCAGUUGGAAGCAAGAUCCUAAGAGGUGGUGAUGCUAUAUGGGCAGCCGAGUUCAGCUUGGAUGGGCGAUUUCUAGCCGUCGCAGGAAAGGACCAGAUCGUGCGCGUAUUCGCAGUGAUAUCUACGCCAGAGGAACGCAGGGAGCAUGAGGAAGAAGAGGCGCAGAAUGGUGUUCAUGGCGAAAAGCUCAGUGCUCCCGUGUUCCGCACCAAGCCCGUGCGAGAAUUUCGAGAGCACAAAGGCGAAGUUUUGGCUUUGAGCUGGAGCAAGAACAACUUUUUGCUCUCCUCCUCAAUGGACAAGACUGUGAAGCUAUGGCACAUGAGCAGGAGUGAUUGCUUAUGCACUUUCGUCCAUAAGGAUCUGGUUACGUCGAUCGCCUUUCACCCAACGGAUGAUCGAUUUUUCCUUGCAGGAUCGCUGGACUCGCAACUACGAUUAUGGAGUAUCCCGGACAAAAAUGUUGCCUUUCAGGUCUCGGCGGGCGAAUUCAUCACAGCGGUGGCGUUUUCUCCUGAUGGAAGCAUUGCCAUCUGUGGCGUGCUCAGCGGUUUGUGCACUUUCUACACCACCGAGGGACUGAAGCUCAGGUACCAAAUUCACGUCCGAUCUUCACGGGGUAAAAACGCCAAGGGAAGCAAAAUCACAGGUAUUCGAACCAUGGCUGUCCCAUCAGGACCUGAAGCCGGACAAGUCAAGGUUCUCGUGACUUCGAAUGAUUCUCGAGUCCGAAUCUACAACCUCAAUGACAAGGUGAUCCAGGUCAAGUACAAAGGAUUGGAAAACCAGUCGAGUCAGAUCAACGCACGCUUCAGCGACGACGCAAGUUAUAUCAUCUGCGGAAGCGAGGACCGCAAAGCCUACAUUUGGAAGGUUGGUUCUCAGGAUGAGCUCAAAGAUAAACAACCAUAUGAGUCCUUCGAUGCCCACCCUGAGGUGGUUACCACAGCUCUGAUGGCCCCAUCAAAGAGCCGGCAGCUUCUAAGUGCCUCAGGCGACCCUAUCUUCGACUUGUGCAAUCCACCACCUGUAACAUUGCGGAGUUUAGAGGAGAGUACGCCAAGUCACUCGGCUCUGUCAGAGGAUGACAAUGGCGACUCGUUGCACAGCAAUAAACGUCCCGAGGAAACGCCUGCAUAUAUCGAGCGCUCCAGACAUCUCGACGGCAACAUCAUCAUCACUACUGAUAGAACGGGAAAGAUCAAGGUUUUCAGGCAAGACUGUGCUCACAAGAAACGACAGCAAGGACUAUGGGAAUCAGGCUCACGGUUGUCCCACCGCCUAUCCGGCGUUGGCAGAAGUGGUAGUGUCAUGACGAGAACAAGUGCUAGCAGUCGUGUGCAGUCAAGACGCGGAUCUCUUACCAUUCCCGGUCCUAAUCCGACUCAACUCCAGCACGCCUCUGAUAGAAUUAACAGUUGGCGUCAAGAUAUCGACGGAGAGAGACCCAGCCCAAACAACACGCCAGCACGAAGUGAGCGGUCCAUGUCGCCCACCAAGCCAACUCGUUCACGAGCCAACUCAAACGUUAACUCAGCUGUCAACCUGGCGUCAGAAUCCCGGAAACCACCAUACGCCUCGAGCCCGAUCAGCCGCCCAACGCCUGCAAGUCCAACUGGCAGUGGCCUGUCGCACCGUACUACGAUCAGAAGGGCCUCAGGUGACCGGGACAUCAAUGGCACAGCAGGUCCACCAACACCAAGUUUCAGUCUGAUAAGCGCAUCUGAUUCUGAAGGCCUAAAUGACAAGGAAGGCAGUUUUUGGAAUUUGAGCAGAUGGAGGAGUUCACGCCAGAGCCUCCGAAACUCUACAGUGUUGAACUCACCCACAAGUCCUCUUGGAUCUCCGACCCCCGAACAUGUUCGCUCUGGAAGCGAGUUCCUCAGCGUUAAAGAUCGAUCGUCUCCACGAAUGAGUUUGGGUAUCAGCGACACAAAGCCCUCUCGGCAAGAGAUGGUCAAUCGGCGCAAAUCAGCAGGACCCAGGAUGACAUCAAGGUUGUCGACACAAAGCGAUUUCAAGAAGAGUUUUGAGGAUCAAGUUGAGACUCCGGAGGAGGCGACACCGACUAAGAAACGGGUUGACUCCGGUGUCGGGCGAAUUAGCGAUGAGUCGAACGCUUCGGUUGUUUGA